UGGAGUGUCCUUUUUUAAACGUUUAAAUAUGGUAACCCUAGUGUGUACAAGAGGGGACUGGCUCGGCUGCUGGGCGGCACGUUCCCGCCCCUCUGACUCCGCGGCCAGCCCGUCCCCAGCCCCCUCCGGACCCCAGCCCCAGAGCGCGCCCAGCCCGCCCGCGAAGACCCAAAGGCAGUGGCGCGGGCCGAUGACGUCAGAUGGGCGCCCCGGUUCCAGUUGCUGCCUGAGUCGCCGGGGCCGCCGCGGAGGGCGGCUUUGGAAGCGUUGUGGUGGUUCUGGCCGUUGGGGGUGGGAGCUGCCGCGCGCGGAAACAGACUUGGGGGAAAAAAAGACUUAGUCUACAAAUUCAAGCUUCUUUAGACAAGAUCCAUUAAAGCCAUCGGAAAGCAAAUGUCAUCAGAAAUGCCAGCAGAAAAUCCGUUACCCACAGACGUUCCUGAUAUGGAAGAAAAGAUUAAUUCAAAUGACAAUCAAGUCAAGAAAGGGGAGCCAGGAUCAGACAAGGCAGAGAGCAUUGGAGUUAUGUCAAAGAGGCAAAUGAAGAAGCUAAUGAAGCAGAAACAAUGGGAAGAGCAAAGAGAUUUACGCAGGCAGAGACGAAAAGAGAAACGCCAGAAAAGAAAACUGGAGCGUCAGUAUCAGUUGGAAUCUAACAAUGAGGGGAGUGACAGGAAGCGUAUACGUAGGGAUGUUGUUCCUAGUACUCUUCGCCUUAUUAUAGACUGCAGUUUUGACAACUUGAUGGUAUUAAAGGAUGUCAAGAAGCUUCACAAGCAAAUUCAGAGAUGUUAUGCAGAAAACCGUAAAGCAUUACAUCCUGUACAGUUUUACUUGACCAGCCAUGGAGGCCAGUUGAAGAACAACAUGAAUGAAAAUGACAAAGGAUGGGUCAACUGGAAGGAUAUCCAUAUUUCAUCAGAGCAUUAUAAUGAGCUAAUAAAGAAGGAAGACCUUGUGUAUCUUACAUCAGACUCCCCUGAUGUGCUGAAUGAACUAGAUGAGACUAAAGCCUAUGUAAUUGGAGGUCUGGUGGAUCACAAUCACCACAAGGGGAUUACUUACAAAAAAGCACUAGAACACGGAAUUGGUCAUGCACAGCUUCCACUUGGAAAUUUUGUGAAAAUGAACAGCCGAAAAGUAUUGGCAGUUAAUCAUGGAACAGUUACUUCACUAUUGAAGAGCUGGUGGUCUCUCUUGAUUGCAGUGUUUGAGAUAAUCCUCUCUUAUCUGGAGAAGAGAAACUGGAAGGAAGCAUUUUUCAGUGUCUUGCCACCACGGAAAGGGGCCAGUCCUCUGGGCGAAGCCAAUGACUCUUCCAAACAUGAGCUGCAUGAAAAAGAGGCUGGUGAAGAUAAUAGCUCGGACAGCGACUAGGCAACUCUGGAAGAGGGCAGGAAUGAAAAGUGCAUGUGGCACAAAGGAUAGAAAUAAGACAUGAGUUAGAUGAAACCUCUGAGAACAGUCUAUCUCACUAGCGGUAUUUGUUUAAGUGGCUACACUUGGAAAGAAGGGGUAACACUUGGAAAGAAGUGGUAAAGAUUAAUGUUAUUUUUACCUUGAAAAUACUUCAUUUUUGGAGCUUUUUAUAAAGUAAAUUAAUGGCAAAUGCAGAACAUAUUUUGUUAUGGAAGCUAAUAUUUAUUUUCCUUUUAAAAUAUUUUAUUUGAUACACACAGAACGGUUUUAUUUUAUUUUCCUGAAGCUUGUGAUGGAACCUAAUAAUUAAUGUGUUUGUAACUGUCCCUGUUUUGUGUAUGUACCCUUGAUAUUUUAUUAUUCUUCCCUAUCCACCUCUAUCUUGUAUUAUGUCUUAAAAGCAAUGAGUGUCAAAGGUUAAUAAAUCUGAAAGCUCCUUCCGGCAUUGCCUGUUGCAAAGUGUGUAUAACCUCUCACCAUCAGUGGGGGGUUUUCUGAGCAAAGAACGGUCUUAUAGUCUCUGAAAAAAACAUUGGGAGCCAGGAACUCUGCUUUGGGCCUGCUUUGGACACUUUAAAACCAUAAUUUUUUUAAAAACAUCAUCUGUCACAGCAGACCUGCCUAUAGAAUGAGUAUCCUACUUCUCUGGCAGGGUUGUGAAUAUUUCAAAAAAAGUUACUCUUCUUGCCUUUUGAACUGAAGCUCUCUGUUCUAACUAAAAUUUUAAAAUAGCCAUUUCAGUACACCUGAAGCAGGCCAAAGACAGCCUUGGAGGCAGAAGGUGCCCUUUCACACCUGUGAGGCCAUUCUCUCAUCCCUUUCUGCAGGGACUAUCCAGAAGGGAGCCAGUUGUAGUGUAGCUUUUGGGAUGUGGACAAACAAGUACCUACCGAGAGCAAGUCUGCAAUCCUCAAUAGACUCCCAAAGAGCAUUUGGAUGAUAGCAGCUUCUGGUCACUUGUGACGUGGGCUGGUUUUGAACAGGUGAUGUAGAUAUGACUGGCUCUGUAUCCAGCUCCAGUCCUCCCUCCACUGUCACCACUUUCAGACUGGGAAUUGAACUGAAAUAUGUGUAGAUGUACAUGUGGCCUAUAGUUUUACAGGGUUGGCAACAAGCAAAUUAUGGUUUGACAUGUUCAGUGUGAUCAUUUUUAUGCUUUUUUUUAAUAAAAAUGAAUUUUGAGAACUCGUUAGGCAACCAUCUGAUAAACUACAGUGAAGAUUCAUCUGCCUUAGGUCGUGGACAACAGUUUGUUGCUCAAAUAAAAUACUGUGGUGGGUUUAUUGUGUAGAUAUGCCACAGAGAAAUAUGUUACAUUUUGUCUCUGAACCUGGAGAAACUUUUGGACAAAAGCAUUGUCUUGUUUUGUUUGAAGAGCCAAAGAAAUGUAUAGCAUAAACAAAGUAAAGCACUUGCCAAGUACCAGUUUCCUUUGUUAAUAAACAAAUGUAUAAAAUAGCAAAGGUACAAAGUGUAAUUUUACAGUUGAGGUAUUGCAUACUGCUGCACAUAGUAUUGAUUAAAUCUGAUCUAAGCAUUUGAAGUUUCAGUUAAGAUUCUCUAAUUCUACCACAUGUCUUGUUUCCUUCUCAGAUUUGAGCACAUUAAAAUUAAAUGCUACAACUUA